AACAGAGCCAGACUCGGCCUAUGGAGUCAGGGCAAUGCCUGUAGCGGGACGUAUCAUACAUAUAGCAAUACUCUCCUAUAAAGGCUCAGAUUAUUUUUAUGCAACUGGUGACAUCAUUUUUGCGCACAAGUGUUUGCUUUCCGCUCUUAUAAUGCGCCGCGCUCCCCGUUCGGCCUAUGUUUAUUAUCAGGCAGGGUACGGGGCAGCUUGUGAGGAAGUAGCGCUAUUGGAAGCCUGAGAGGACCCCGUUGCCGUGCGGCGCUUGUUGGUUCAUUGAUGGGAGGCGGGUCUCCCGGGUAUGGGAAGCGGAGUGCUGUGUUGAUUCGGUACCGAUAGGAUUUACGGCUGCGUUACUGGGUGUAAGUGUGUUCGGCUUACUGCUACCCCUGUGAAAAGAAAAUGUCCUCGGCUGGUGUGUUGUCUCCUGCCGCCGCGGCGGCGGCACCUGAUUACUACGAGGAGGACGAGCUGGAAAGUGUGGAGGAAGAAGAUGACCGAAGCUUCAGGGGCAGGGAGUCUGAUGAAGAUACAGAAGACGCCAGUGAGACUGACAUUGCAAAACAUGACAAUGUUGACUAUGUGGAAAUGAAAGAACAGAUGUAUCAAGACAAACUGGCUUCUUUGAAGAGACAACUACAGCAGCUUCAAGAAGGUACCCUACAAGAGUACCAGAAGCGACUGAAAAAGCUAGAUCAACAGUACAAAGAGAGAAUACGAAAUGCUGAGCUUUUCCUGCAGCUAGAGACUGAGCAGGUAGAAAGAAAUUACAUCAAGGAGAAGAAAGCAGCUGUUAAGGAGUUUGAAGAUAAGAAAAUUGAACUAAAGGAAAACUUAAUUGCAGAGCUUGAAGAAAAGAAGAAAAUGAUUGAAAAUGAGAAGUUAACAAUGGAAUUGACUGGAGAUUCCAUGGAAGUGAAGCCUAUUAUGACACGUAAAUUACGAAGAAGGCCGAAUGAUCCAGUGCCAAUUCCAGACAAAAGAAGAAAACCUGCUCCUGCCCAGCUAAAUUAUCUGCUAACAGAUGAACAAAUCAUGGAGGAUUUACGAAUCUUAAACAAGUUAAAAUCUCCUAAGAGACCUGUAUCACCCUCAAGUCCAGAACACCUUCCAACCACACAGGCUGAAUCCCCUGCCCAACGAUUUGAAGCUCGGAUAGAAGAUGGAAAGCUGUACUAUGAUAAAAGAUGGUACCACAAGAGCCAAGCCAUCUAUCUGGAAUCUAAGGACAAUACCAAAAUCAGCUGUGUCAUCAGUUCUGUGGGAAAUAAUGAGAUUUGGGUAAGAAAGAGCAGUGACAGCACAAAAGUAAGAAUUUACCUGGGCCAGUUACAGAAGGGCUUGUUUGUGAUCAGAAGACGCUCAGCAGCGUGAUAUGCAUGACUCUUAAAGAGAAUGUUGCACCCAAUUAACAUCCACUAUCACUGGCAAAACAGAUAUCAGUGAACAUUGAAGUAUUGGGUCAUGAAUUGACCAUGGCAGUCCUUUGAUAGAACCAUUUUGCGGUCAUCCUGGAUUUGAUGAGUACAUUCUCAUGACUUUCUGUGAUUCCUUGGAAGUAAGCAGAGAAUGAUCUUUAAAUAAUCCUUCCCCAAAACCAUCUUCAGCAAUCAUUGUGGCUUACCACUGCUAAAGCCACCAACACGCCUUCACCUCCAAGAUGAUAUGCAUUGAAAUUCUAAGAGCUACAGAAAUGGUGGCUGCCAUUAUUGGUGCAGCUUUGCAUGAUUAUUUAAAGGAGAGGGCCAGUCUGUUACUUUUAGUUUUGAGCCAAAUGUUUAACUUUUCACUUUUAAACAUGCUAAACUUUUAAAGCAAACCACGACAAAGGCCAAGACUCCAUAAUGUAUUAAUGAGUACAAGGUUGCUGUAUUUGCAGUUAUCCCAGCUUUUUGUUUUAGGGCGAUGGCACACCAGAUAUUUUGACCUUUCUCAGGGUGAACCAUGCCAGCUAAAACUUCUUUUCCAUGCCUCCUGUCAUCUUACUAUUCACAUGAACGGGGGAAUACACUGCUUGGGGCAAAUGGCGAUGCUGUCAAGGAGUUAUCAUUGGGGAAUUGCCAAAUGAUCCAAUCCCCACCUGACAAUGCCUAGGUUUGCAAAAAGUAGCAGGUUUCCCUUUGCUUUGAAUGGAACAUACCCGCACUCAAGAAAGGACUUGUGACUGGCAUGAUUGUUCCUGAGAACAGUGGAGUAGUUAGAACACCUGGUGUGCUACAUACCAUGUUAUAGGUACACUGACAAAUGUUUUCUCUGUAUAGGAGUAACAGGCAAUUUAUUGGCAUAAGCUUAGGGAAGAUCAAAUUACCAUUAUGUAAUUUUUUAGACUAGACAAGCAUUAGUAAUCUAGUAUAUCCAACGCAUUGUUUUAAAGGAAACUUCAGAUCCAUGCAGCAGACACGGCCAGACAGAUGUCCUUAUUGCACAACAUCUCAGUUAAGCUAAGGGGCACAAUUAUCAAAUAGUAAAACUAGAGUUUGCCACACUAAAAUCCCGCCAAUCUCUAUUUGUUAGAUUUAUGAGAGCAUAUUUUAUCAUUACAUGAAAAUGAGAGUUCAUCCCUUGAUAAACGCACUUUAAAAUUAGAAAUGAAUGGAUAAUGGCGGAGUUUUACUGCAGUGAGCUCUAAUUUCACUCUUUGAUAAAUAUGCCCCAAAAUAUCUCAGGAACUAAGUACAUUUUAUGUUUUUAAUUUUGCUCUCUUCUAGGAUUCUUGGCUUUUAUAUAUUUCAAUGCAAAUUACUUUAAUUAUUAUACUAGACUUUACUGAAAAUGCUGCAUAAUUCCCAUGCUGUCCUGUUUUAUAGACUCUCAGUAUAUCAGUGUUUGUGCCGCUAUAAAUUGGUUACACAUUACCAAGUGUUGCACCAAUCAUAACUAAAACACUGCUGAAGAUUGCCAGCUAAGUUGGCCUUAUUCCCACUGGAACCUGGGAAAGUAGAGGAUUUCUUUGAUUCAAAAUUUGUCAAUAGUCAUUAAUGCUAAUGACCAGUCUUUGUCUUUAAAGAGACUCACAACAAUUUAGCGACUUGUAAGAAAUUCAGUUUCUGUGGAUUUGUAUGAGUUAUUAUCUUUUUUUUUUUUUUUUUAUAGUUUAUAUCUCUGCAUUACACUUGUUAACUGCAAAUUUAAAAAAUUAAAUAUGUGCAUUGUUUGAGUUUCUACCUUGAGCCUAUCGUUGUACUGUUAAGCUGGCCAUACAAGAGCAGUAAUUGUAGUCCCAUUUUGCUCCUAUAAGGGGGCUUCUCAGGAGCUUGAUGCCACUGAGUGAGCCAGCCAGGGAAUAAAUAACAACUUAUUCCCUUUUAAUCCAUUAAUUUGACCAGAUCAGUUCAUUUUUUCUGUCUACAUGUGAGGCCACAUUACAUAACAUCAGUGUGUCCAAGAUGAUAACAAAUCCGCCUUGGCCUUUGUACAGCUUCUCAGCAUGGCUUUAAAUUCAGAUCAGUAAAGAAUGCUGGUGACAUUGGCCUGUCUAAAUUCUGCUCAGGUGUUGGCAACUGACCCAAAGGGGGGUCCAAGCAGGCAGGAGAUUACUGUAUGUAUUAGCCCCUGAAUGGUAGUGCAAUACUGCUAUCACUUAGAAUCUUGGUAGGUAAAACUGGCCUUAGUGGUUGGCUUAGAAAUCAAUCCGUUGCCCACUGCUUCACAAGAAUCGCUGAACAGAAUGCUUCCUUAGGAAACUGUUGUCUGCCUUUUUCUUAAUGUUGUGUAAUAUAAUAAACAAAGGCACUGACCAUUUUUGUUAAUUUUCUUGCGUUAGAGUGGUUUUUCAGUAGUAACUGAAUAUCAAGAAAAAUAUGACUUUUAAAUCCUUUAUAUUAAUAAAGUUUAC